AUGACUCCCCCGCCUGGGUAUCGGCGUAAGGGGGAGACUUUCGUCUGUCGUCUACACAAGUCCCUUUAUGGACUCAAACAAGCCUCUCAACAGUGGUAUUCCAAGUUUUCUGCUUCCUUGUGCAAUUAUGGGUUCAAGCAUUCUGAGGCGGAUCAUUCCUUAUUCCAUCUCGGUAUGGGCACUGAUUAUGUGUUUGUGCUACUCUAUGUUGAUGAUAUUGUCAUCACGGGUUCCAAUGAUGAAUUAAUCUCAUCUGUCAAAGAUAUGCUUCAUCAACAAUUCCAUAUAAAAGAUCUUGGUCCUCUAAAAUACUUCCUUGGGAUCGAGGUUGCACGUUCUUCUCAUGGUCUUUCUUUAUGUCAGCAGAAAUAUGUCUUAGAAAUCCUGGAGGAUUCUGGUUUGAGUGGUGCCCGCCCCUCUGAUACGCCCAUGGAACAGAAUCUGAAGUUGACUGACACUGGUGGUUCUUUAUUAUCAAACAUGUCCUCAUAUAGACGAUUGGUUGGUCGAUUAAUCUACUUAACUGUGACACGACCCAACAUUGCUUACACAGUUAACACCUUGAGCCAAUUUAUGCACCAGCCCCAUCAGCCACACCUUGAUGCCGUUCAUCGCCUUCUCCAGUAUCUCAAGGCUACUGUCGGACAGGGUCUCUACUAUUCUGUCACCUCAUCACUUGAGUUACGCGCUUAUUGCGACUUUGACUGGGCCAGGUGUCCAAUGACUAGGCGUUCUACCAUAGGUUACUGCAUUUUUAUUGGAAAUUGCCCCAUAUCUUGGAAGACAAAGAAACAACACACAAUUUCGCAGUUGUCUGCCAAAGAAGAAUAUCAGGCGAUGGCUGUCACCACCUGUGAAAUUACAUGGUUGUCAUACUUAUUUCAAGAUAUCGGUUUCUCCAUUCCUAAGCCGGUUCUAUUAUUCUGCGACAACCAAGCAGCGCUCCACAUUGCCGCUAAUCCCGUCUUCCAUGAACGCACAAAACAUAUUGAAAUUGAUUGUCACCUUGUGCGUGAGAAGAUACAUAAAAGUCUGAUCCAUCCCAGCAAAAUUCCCACAGCUUCACAGGUUGCAGACUUAUUUACCAAAUCACUUUGGGCCGUGAUCAGUACUGCUUCUUGA